GCGGUGGAACAGUGUCAGUGGUCGCCCGGGCAGCCGUUCAUGGGCCGUAAACAUUGGGUAAGCUGCGGGUUCCUCCUUCCCUGUGUGCGCCCGGCUGUGAGGGCCGGCGGGCGCCGUGUGACCGGGGGCGGGCCGUCCCCACCGGAGUCGAUUUGGGUCGACCGGUGUCGUCACCGUCCCGUCUCCGUGGUGGUAUAAAGGCAGCGGUCGGCCGGUCGGCGUCACAAUCCCCGCCGACCGGCCCGCAGCAGCACAUAGACUCACAAACGUGAUGGCGCGUCUGCUGGUGCUGCUGGUGGCCGGCGCCGUCUGCACGGCCGCCCUGCCCUCGCCCGACGGACGGCCGCAGCACGCGCCUCCGCCGGUCAUCGCUCCGUCGUACGACGCGCCAGCGCCGGCCGCCGGCUACGGCACGCCCGCCUGCGAGCCGCGCACUCACUACGUCACCAUUACCUCGACCAAGAUAGACUUUGAGACCCAGUACAACACGUACACGGCGCUGGAGCCGACCACGCGCUACCAGCAGGUUACCGAGACCCAGUACCAGCCGAGCACCGUGUACCACUCGCAGUACGUGACUGCGUACGGCGCGCCGGAGGUCAAGGUCAGCACCAAGGUGCUCUACGACACCAAGUACGUCACCGAACACCAGUACCUGACCGAGACGGUGUUUGUGAUGCAGACCAAGACAGCCUACUACACGGACGUGGUGGCCGUGCAGCAGUACUACACGGAGACGGCCCGGGUGCCCUACUACGUGACGCGGACGGCCUACCACAGCCAGGCGUACCCCGAGUACCGCUACGUCACCGAGACCAAGCUCAGCUACGAGUACAUCACCGAGACGCAGCAGGUGCCCUACUACGUCACGCAGACCAUCACCAACGCCUACCCCGAGUACAAGCAGGUCUACCACACGGAGACGCAGCACCAGUAUGUGACGGUGACGAGCACCCAGUACCAGAACCAGUACGUCACCGUGUGCCCCAAGCCGACGUACCCCAGCUACGGCAAGUAGACGCCGCCGCCGACCGGCCGGGCGCGGCUCUGACCGCGAAGCCGCACCGCCUCAGUCGCUGGUCCACCAAUCAGCUGGUCUUUAUCUGUGAUGUGUGUGAUGUACUGUGAUGUGUGUGGUCGGGUGUGUUUAUAGUACUGUAAGUGUACCAUGUGAUUGUGUAGGUGGGGAGGGGUCACGGGUCGGCUGGUCCGCCCGCUCUGGUCAACAUUGUUCCUCUGACGGUGUUAUUGUUGUGUGGGAAUUCGCGCCCUGCCAUGUGAGACUUGUUAUACAUGCUGACUCGCUGUGAUUUAUCAUGCUGAUAGAAAUGUGUUAUGAUGAUGUACUCCAAGACACCCAUGUCACUAAUAAAGUGAACGUUUUAUAUA